GAAGGGACUUUAUGUGUCCUGCUUGUGCUUAAAAGGAGAGUCCUCUAAAUCCUCUGUGUUUGAUUGACAGCGCUGCUAUGACAACCACCAUCAGCUCCCGGGUGUCCAAUGAGGAGUCAUAUUUAGGGUCCCUCCCUGACUCCCAGGUGAGCUAAAGAGUCAGACUUCAACAGAUUUCUGUCAGACUGUUUCCGAGAGACGCUGUCUAUUCUUUGGCUUCACUCUGUCAUCCAGAUGGUGUUCAGAUCGCCGCUCGAGUUUUUCUCAGCCUCCCGUAUCCUCCUGCCCAACUUCGCAGAUGGGCCCCCUGUUCUGGCCCGCUCCCGGUCCCCGGAGGAACCUCCCUCCGCCUGUCCUCCUCUGGCUCUCCCGGGAUUGUGUUUCUCUGCGGCGCAGAUCGCCAGCGUCUGCGAAACUCUGGAGGAGACCGGAGACAUCGAGCGGCUGGCCCGUUUCCUCUGGUCCCUCCCGGUGACCGCAGACGGCCGCGACUCCAUCUCUGAGCAUGAGUCUGUGCAGCGGGCUCGCGCCGUUGUGGCAUACCACACAGGGAGUUUCCGCGAGCUUUAUCAAAUCCUGGAGACUCACCGCUUUACGCGGACCUCGCACGGUAAACUGCAAGCGAUGUGGCUGGAAGCUCACUACCGGGAGGCAGAGAAGCUCCGGGGUCGACCGCUCGGACCGGUUGACAAGUACCGCGUGAGGAAGAAGUUCCCGUUACCAAGGACUAUCUGGGAUGGAGAGCAGAAGACGCACUGCUUCAAAGAGCGCACAAGGGGACUCCUAAGAGAAUGGUACCUGCAGGACCCAUACCCGAAUCCCGGGAAGAAGCGGGAGCUGGCGCACGCAACCGGACUCACACCGACUCAAGUUGGGAACUGGUUCAAAAACCGGAGACAGAGAGACCGGGCGGCAGCAGCCAAAAACAGGUUGCAGCACCACCGGAUGUGUCCAGGCGGUGUGCGUUCACUUAGUGGAGGAGAGUGCAGUCCAGACGAAAGCGGAGAGCGCGCAGAUGGAGAAACUCUUCUCUCAGUAACGGACAGUGACUCUGACCUGGAUGUCUGAGACUUUUUAAAUUAAUGAAAUGAACCUUCGGGGGCCUGUGAUGCUCCGUCGUGGAUUUACCGCAGAGAGGAGGAUGAUAAAGGAUGGCAAAAGGCUGGUCAGCGUUUGGGUUGCAAUGAAGUUCACGGCAUAAAACAACUUAAUCCUAAAUAUAACCCCAGCCUCCAAACAGAUGAUUUGGUCUUUUUCUUUUGUUUCCUGAGAAUAUGAAUGAUUUUUUGUCUUUGCUGCUGGUUCACUGAUCAGAUCAGAUAUUUUUAUUUUUAACAACAUCACUGGAUGGUGACGGUGCACAUCUGAUCACCCAGCUUGCACCAUCAGCCUCAUUAAACGUGUAGGCCUACUCCUUGUUGUACUCCUUUUGUACCCAGGGACCCCCACAUGGGAGAACCUUUACAGACUGAAACCUGUCAGUGAGAUAAUCUUUCUUAUUUUCUCUAAUUAUGUGUCAUUAUUUUUUUUUUUUAAAUGAAACUAGUUGUUUCUUUAGACCCCUGGAUGUCCAAUGCUGUAGACAAUCAACACGCACUGAAGCCUACCUCCCUGUCUGUUUGUAUGUUUAUGAACCUUUUUUUGUUUCUUUACCUUCACUUCU